UGAUGAUCGUCGGACCCCCCUCUCAUUGUCCGGAGCAGCACAGCUGGACUCCUGCAGUCACCACAUCCUUCCUCACUGCUUGGAAAAUGUUACUUAAAGUCAAGUUCUGUCACGAUUAAAGACUGAGUAAUCAGCGAGAGUCCUGCGGUGGGAAUAAAGGUCACUGUGUAUUUAAAGAAUGAGAUGUGAAAAUGAUACUUGACUUCACUACUGACAUGUUCUUCAGGGAAAAGAAACAAGAUGUUAAUUAUGUGAUGUCCCUCUUUCAAACACUUACACCAAGUGUUUUGUUUGCAGUCUGACAUUUAGAUGUUCUCUGUGUUCAUUUCCGACUGACUCAAAGUGAUGGUUCGCAGCCUCAUUAACAUUUGAGUCACAUUGUGUCAUUAACAACACCGCACAGCACGCAGGCCUCACGUCGAGUUCAAGGACACCCUACGAAGGCGGUGUUGUCAUGUGUUACCAUUAAGUUUGAGAUUCAAUAUUGCACAUGUGAAGUUAUUAAGUUACUAAUCAACCAAAAAGUCACAUCUUGGAGGUUUUAGUUGGACGUGUUUGGUUUCAUGUCGUCGUGGCUAAUGAUGACCUUUAUCCCGUCCGGUGACACUUCUGUUCACCACACACCUCCUCAUUCCCUCGCCAUCCACUCUUCUCCACCAAUCACAUCCUUUUGUUGGCUUGAGGAUGAGGAGGAUCAGGAGAUGAAGAGGCCUAUUUAUCAGCUCAACACAUCCUACUCAAACAGUCAGCUUCUUCCACCAUCCCACUUUCUCUGAUUGGUUAUAUUUUGGACUUGUUUGCACAUCAUCAGAGUUGAGAAGAGAAUAUAAGACUUGUUGUUGUUUGCUGUUUGAGGUGGAGAUGCUUCGCUCUCAGGUGAUUCUUGUGGCCUUGUUUGUUUCGUCUGUGCUGCUGGUGCAGGUCAGCGGCGCUCCACGCAGAGACAUGCUGACACUGAGAGCAGAUCUCGCAAGCGACAAGGAUCUCGCUCACUUGCUCAUGCUGACAUUUGUGUCUGAGCUGAUGGCAGCGAGAGCAGAUGAGAUGCGCCCCGAGCUAGAGGAAGAGGAGGGAGUCAGGGAAGAUGUGAUGCGGAGGCGACAUCUCCCCCUCACCCAAAGGGAGCGGAAGGCAGGCUGCCGCAACUUCUUCUGGAAGACGUUCACCUCGUGUUAACACAAGACAACAGCCGGAGUACUUUUGUUUUUAAAUGUACUUUUUAAAGGAUAAAUUAAUCCACGUUUGCUCAUUUUGUUGUAACUGGAUCAUUUACUGCAAGGUGCCAAAUAUACAGAUGUUUUGGCAAUUGUAAAAAAGGUUGUAUGUUUUGAGACUGGCAGGGAUGUACACAGUGUUUAAAAUAAAGUUUUCUGAUUUAAAGGA